ACGUCAGAGCGUCAGCUGGCUGAAUGUUUACAUCCAGCAGUGGUGUGUUUCUGACUGGAUCCCUCCAACAACAAAAGGCUGAACACAAGGAAACCCGCUAACACAGAGCAUAUCAGUCGGCGUUUUCUCCAGUCACCAUGGGUGGAGCUGUAAGUGCCGGUGAGGACAAUGAUGACUUAAUUGACAACCUGAAGGAGGCUUACUACAUCCGCUCAGACCUAGUUGAGCGGGCUUUUCGAGCCAUCGACCGGGCUGACUAUUACCUGGAUGAGCACCGGGACAAUGCUUACAAGGACUUGGCGUGGCGGCAUGGAAACAUCCACCUGUCUGCUCCAUGUAUCUACUCUGAGGUGAUGGAGGCUUUGGAUCUCCACCCCGGCCUUUCCUUCCUCAACCUCGGCAGUGGGACUGGCUACCUCAGCACCAUGGUCGGCCUCAUACUGGGACCAUUUGGAGUGAAUCAUGGAAUAGAGUUACAUGCAGAUGUGAUUGACUAUGCCUACCAGAAGCUCGACUCCUUCAUCAAAACCAGCGACAGCUUUGACAAAUUUGAAUUCUGUGAGCCAUCCUUUGUUGUGGGUAACUGCCUGGAGAUUCCUCCAGAGAGCCGUCAGUAUGACAGGGUGUACUGCGGGGCCGGGGUGCAGAAGGAGCAUGAGGAUUACAUGAAGAACCUGCUCAAGAUGGGGGGCAUACUGGUGAUGCCUCUGGAGGAAAAGUUGACCAAGAUCACCCGUACAGGGCCCAACAGCUGGGAGACCAAAAAGAUAAUUUCUGUGUCCUUCGCUCCUCUGGUGCUGCCAAAACACAGCACAAAUGGCAAACCCAAGACUGCCCCACUACCCAAGUAUGAGGUACGGACGUUACAGGAGCUGGCUCGUAUCUGCAUCCGCCACACCCUCAGAGUGACCACAGAUGGAGGAGACAGCCAAUCACGCGGUCGAGGGUCCUCGUUCAGCGUAGGCAGGGGUCUUGCAGUGGCCGGGCUCCAUAAGUACGGCCCUCGCUUCAAACGCAGACGCGUCCACCGACGUCACUGCAACGCCCUCGUCCUGGCCACGCGCCAGGUGGUGGCCAGCAGUGGUAUCGGCCCUGCCCCUCUGGACAGCAACAACAACCAGGGAGGAAGAGCGGAGGACGAGGAGGAGGCAGGAGAGAGGGAGGUGAGACGUCAGAUGAGAGGGAGCAGGAGGGCAGGGAGGGGAGCAGGAGGGGUGGUGGAAGAGGAGGAGACAGUUGAGGAAGAAGAUGAGGAGGAGGAGCAAGAGGAGGAGGAGGAGAAGGAGACUGGGGAGCUGCUCCGACCCCAGCCGGCCGUGAACGUCCUCAGAGAGAGGAUACUGGGCCUGCCGUUGCCCGAGCCUCUGAAGAUGUACCUGCUGUACUACAGAGAAAAAUGAGCCAGCUGAGGCCACAGCCAGGUCCUGAGUCAGAGCCCAGAGCUGAGAGCAUCAACCAAGCAGAGGCUCAAGUCUCUGUUCCAACUCCCCCACCACCUGUACAAGGCAGGACGACAAGCCACCUACCUUACUGACCCCCAGCUCCACCGUGGAUCUCUUUCUCUCUUCCCUGCUCUCGUCUUCUCCAUUACCCAUUUGCUUUCCCACUCCCUCUUUUUCCCCAUUGUUCUUUACCUGAUUUAUUUCCAUAAUACACGUGAUAGUACAUAAUACAUAUCUAACGUAUAUCUAACAUGCCAAUCAAGCCUUGCCUGACAAGAGUUUAGCAGUGGCCUGAGUAUCCACAGCUUGUAAAAGGCAACUCAGUGGUGCUGAGAAAGAAAACCAUCAUUGUUUAGUCUACAGUGGCAGACUAGACAUUGCAAGAGUUCAGACACUGUAGCAACAAGCAGAGACAGCAGCUUACCCAUAGACCAGAAGGCAUAGGACUGUCCCAGCUCUUUUCUGUUCACUAAUUACAGCCGUGCCCCAAGUUAGAGAUUAAACACUGAUUGUAUAAGUUGUGUGGAAGCGAGUGUGUCCGCAUGAGGUGGUGUGUAUUAUCAUCUAAUGGGGAUGGUGUAGUUUUAGAAAGGUGGACACAGAAUGAGCCCAAAGCUCAACUCAUUGAGGGAACAUUCAAUGAUGUGAGAGUUCUGUUUUCUCUUUCACUAAAUCAUAUUUAGUGAUAUUGUAGCUACAGUUGGUGACCAAGAUGACUUGGCAGCUGUGACUAUUUCCACUGAUUUUCCAAAUAAAAGGGGAGCUUUGUAUUGAGCACUCAGUCCAUUAAAUAAUUUCACUAAAAUUAUCUGCCUUUCCAAGGCCAAGGGUUCAUCAUCAUUUCAAGCAUUUUUAGGAGACUACUUGAUUUAAUAGAAGGUUGAGUUUUCCCCUUUUCUAUGCAUAUAAAAUUGAAAUGCAACACUUUUGUUUUUGCUCCCAUUUUCCACUUUUGGUCAUUAAUCUGUUAAAAUCUGUGUUAUACCCCUUUUUGACAGUCAUGUGCUGGCUUAGCUUGGCUUGGCUUGGUUUGGUUUGGUCUGACCUCAGCCCAGCGUGGCAGGGAUUUACAUCUCUAUUACAACAAGGCUACCCACUUGGAGAUGUGCGGGCACCCUUUUGGCCCUAUUUCAGAAAAGGUCCAUCGCUGGCAAGGCUCAGCAUGUUAAAACUGACAAAGGAAAUGCAAAUCGGCACCUCAAGGUUUUACUCGACGGCCAGAAGAGACAAUAAAAAGGGCUUGUUAGUGAGCACUUCUCCUUUUCCAAGAUAAGCCAUCCACCUGAAUGGUAAAUAGACAAUUGCAAUUGUAUCGUACCUUUCUAGUCUUCCGACUGCCCACAGUUGCCCAUUUACAGGUGCCACCUGCUACACACCUGAUUUAACACACACACACACACACACACACACACACACACACACACACACACUGAUGGAAAAGCAAUCGGGAGCAAUUGGGGUUCAGUAUCUUGCUCAAGGAUACUUGUUUUGAGGACAUGUGGACUGGAGGAGCCGGGGAUCAAACCACUGAUCUUCUGAUUGAUGGACGACCCGCUCUACCUCCCAAGCCACAGCCGCUCCCUGUCAAGCAUGUCAAGAUGCAGAUUAAACAGUAUCAUUACUACCCAGGUGUGUCUUGGGAUGGUCACAAUAAAAGACCACUCUAAAAUGUGCAGUUUGAUUGUACAACACAAUGAUACAGGUGUCCCAAGUUUUGAGGGAGUGUGCCAUUGGCAUGCUGACUGCAGGAAUGUCCACCAGAGCUGUUGCCUGUGAACUGAAUGUCCAUUUCACUACCAUAAACUGUCUCCAAUGUUGUUUGCCUGAGUUUGGCGGGACAUCCAACUGGCCUCACAAGGGCACAAGUUGGUUACGAAGAUGAACUGCUGUCGAAGCAAGAUCCUGGUGAGGAUGACAAGCACGAUGAUGAACUUCCCUGAGACAGUUUCUGGAGGUUUGUCUCAAAAUUCCGCAAAAAUCAUGCAGACGCUGGAUGUGGAGGUCCUGAGCUGAUGUGGUUACAUGUGGAGUGUGGUUUUGAGGCCGGUUGGAUGUACUGCCAAAUUCAGGGAAACAGCAAUUGAGAUGUCUUAUAGUAGUGACAUGAACAUUCAGUUCACAGGCAACAGCUCUGGCAGACAUUCCUGCAGUCAUCAUGCCAAUGGCACGCUCCCUCAAAUCUAGCAACACCUGUGACAUUGUGUUGUGUGAUCAAACUGCACAUUUUAGAGUGGCCUUCUAUUGUGACCAUCCCAAGACACACCUGUGUAGUAAUGAUGCUGAUUAAUCAGCAUCUUCAUAUGCCACACCUGUCAGGUGGAUGGAUUGUCUUGGAAAAGGAGAAGUGCUAACAUAAAUUUCAACAAAUUUGCCACCAAAUUUUCGAGAAAUAUAUCCAUUGAGUGCAUAAAGAUUCUUAAACUUAAACUUUUAAACCUGUGAAAAUGGUUGAUGGGAGCAAACACAAAAGUGCUGUAUUUCAAUUUUUGUUCAGUAUAUUUCAUUGUAUGAGUUAAAGUCUAUCUUUGUCUCCUGACUUGGUCAUACGGAGAUGAAACUGACCUAAAUCCUUACAUGUUUAUCCAAAGGGCAGCCUCAGUGUUUUUCUCUACAUCCCAUUGUAUUCUCUUAACCAAGAGAGAAUGACCAUUAAAGAUCACAUACUUACUAAUAUUCCAAUUUACAUCAGUAAACCAGCAUGAUGAAACACAUAACUAAUGUUUUUGAUGAUUGACAGUGUGCAGGUUUUCUCUCACCGUGCUGUCAUCUUUUUUUCUCUUCUUUUUUUGGGUCUUGUAAUAUUUUGGUUUUUGAAUUUUAUGAGACUUGAAGUGGUGUGUGUAUAUAUGAAAUUGUAUGUUUUGUGAAUCAGAAAACAUGAAGAUACUUUGAUUUCAUUUUUCUGUUGUAGUUACUAGUUAGAUGGAGCAUUAUUCCUUUGUACUUUUUGCUUUUGUACCAAACUUUCUGCUCCCCUCUGUGCCAAACUUCCGUUGCAUGGACUAAAUUCUCGAGAGGAAACAGCAGAUCAGCAGCAAGUCGCUCACAUGAAGAAAAAGAAAAUGUUGCUGUUUUUUUUUUUUUCUUUUUCUACUUAAAAAACUGCUCCACUACCACUGAAGUGACACUGGUCGUUCAUGUAUUGGUUAUCAUGUAAAGCUUUAGAUUUCUCCCAUUGGAAAGUUUAUAUCUGAAGAAUGUUUGUGAUGAAUAGCAAAGUGAUCUUUGCACAAGCAAUGCAGACGCACCCUGUAUCAGUAAAUACAGUUAAUUAGAUAAAUUAUGGAUAUGAUCACAAUAAUAGGGGAUUCGAAUAUAUGCAGUUUAUAUUGGUAAUCUAUCCAACACUGAAUGGGAGGAUUGUGUCUAAAAAGCAGGUCUUUAUCAGGUCAGGUGACUCACAUCCCAUCUGAUUCCUGCUGGGUGUAAUGUCACGUUUCAUUGUCAGGCCAUUCUACCAUUUCUACUGCUGCUGGAUCUGCCUUUGAGUACUGUAUGUACAUCAUUCCUUUAUUCGACAUGAGUUCCAUUCAUGUUUGGUUGUUGUGCAUUUGUGAUUCUCUGCUGAAUGUAUAUGAUCAUGACUUUUUUUUUUCUUUGCACUUAAUAUUAUGUUUUGGUGAGAAUGAAUUGCUUGUUUUUAAAAUUGAGCUGUAUUAUUGACUGCUGUUAAUAAAGUCCAUUAUACAAAAGA